GCCCUUGGUGCGCAAUGUGUUACUUACUGUGAAACUGUUACCGAGGCAGGCGGCGGCGGCAGCAGCGGCGGCGACCAGCUCCGAGGAUCCGGAGAGCAGCAGCGCUCCGGGUCUAGAAGGACUCGGGCAGCAGCAAGCCCUGCCUGCACGGAGGAGCCAGGUCGGCAAUAGCACCAUCACCGCCGCGCUUUAUACAGGAGCCGGGGGUCACAGCGGCUCCGGGGACCAGGGGAUUAGCCCCCGCCCCAGGGCGCUCGGAACUCAGCCCCCCUGCCCCGCGCUCUGGGCUGGGGAUGGCGAGCCCCACGCUGCUGGGGCUGCUGAACUCCCCUCCUGGUCCCAACCUCAACAACAACAACAACCACCAGAGCGUGAGGAAAUGCGGCUACCUGCGCAAGCAGAAGCACGGGCACAAGCGCUUCUUCGUGCUCCGGGGACCCGGCGGCAGCGGGGAGGAGCAGCCGGGGGCGGGGGGCGCCCGGCUGGAGUACUACGAGAACGAGAAGAAAUGGAAGAACAAGUCGGGGGCUCCCAAGCGGGUGAUCGCGCUGGAUUCCUGCCUCAACAUCAACAAGCGAGCGGACGCCAAGCACAAGUACCUGAUCGCCCUCUACACCAAGGACGAGUACUUCGCCGUGGCGGCCGAGAACGAGCAGGAGCAGGAGGGCUGGUACCGGGCCCUCACCGACCUGCUCAACGAGGGCAAAGCCGCCUGCCAGGGUUCCCCGCUCCGCCACCUCUCCUCGCCCUUCUCCUCCGGCAGCGCCGCCGGGUCCUCCCUCGCCGGCGGCUGCGAGGACCUCAACUACGGGCUGCUCGCCCCGGCCAGUGCUGUCUACCGGGAGGUCUGGCAGGUGACGCUGAAGCCCAAGGGCCUGGGGCAGAGUAAGAACCUGACCGGGGUGCACCGGCUCUGCCUCUCCGCUCGCACCAUCGGCUUCGUGCGCCUCAACUGCGAGCUGCCCUCGGUCACGCUGCAGCUGAUGAACAUCCGCCGCUGCGGCCACUCCGACAGCUUCUUCUUCAUGGAGGUGGGGCGGUCGGCGGCCACCGGGCCCGGCGAGCUCUGGAUGCAGGCGGACGACUCGGUGGUGGCGCAGAACAUCCACGAGACCAUCCUGGGGGCCAUGAAGGCGCUGAAGGAGCUGUCCGAGUUCCGGCCCCGCAGCAAGAGCCAGUCCUCCUCGUCCUCCUCCUCCGGGGGCGCCGGGGGCCCCGGAGCCUCCUCCACCCACCCCAUCACCGUGCCCGGCCGCCGGCACCACCACCUGGUCAACCUGCCGCCCAGCCAGACCGGCCUGCUGCGCCGCUCCCGCACAGACAGCCUAGCGGCCGGGGCCAGCGCCGGCACCAAGGGCAACCCGGGCCGGGUGCGGACGGCCAGCGAAGGGGAUGGCUGCAGAGCGGGCUCGGUCGCCGGCAGCCCCAUGAGCCCCGGCCCGGUGCGGACUCCCUUGAGCCGCUCGCACACACUUAGUAGCGGCGGCAAGUCGGGGGGAAAGCUGGGGCCGGUGCCCCCCGGGGGCGGCCUGCAAAAUAGUCGCUCCAUGUCUAUGCCCGUAUCGCACUCGCCCCCUUCCGCCACCAGCCCGAUCAGCCUCUCCUCCAGCAGCGGGCUCGGCUCCGAGCCCCCCCACCCGCAGCGCCUGUCCAGCGGCAGCGCCUCCGUAUCGGGCUCCCCCAGCGACCCCGGCUUUAUGUCCUUCGACGAAUACGGCUCCAGCCCGGGCGGCGACCUGCGGCCCUUCUCCACCGCCAGCAACCGCAGCAACACGCCCGAGUCCAUCGCCGAGACCCCCCCGGUGCGGGACCCCGGGGGCGGCGCGGACCUGUACGGCUACAUGGCCAUGGAGCGGCCCCAGGGCGGCCGGCUCUGCUACCGGCCCUGCCCGGACUCGGCGGGGGACAAGGGCCCCAGGAAGCGGACUUACUCGCUGACCACGCCGAGCCGCCAGCGGGCCGCCCCCCCGCAGGUCUCCUCCGCCUCCCUGGACGAGUACACCCUGAUGCGGGCCACCUUCGCCGGCAGCUCCGGCCGCCUCUUCCCCGCCGCCUCCCCCAAAGUGACCUACACCCCCUACCCCGAGGACUACGGGGACAUCGAGAUCGGCUCCCACCGCAGCUCCGGCAGCAGCAGCACCAACCUGGGGCCGCCGGCAGGGGGCGGCGGAGGAGGGGACGACGGCUAUAUGCCCAUGACCCCCGGCGUGGCCGCGGCGUUGGGGCCGGGCAGCCGGGGCGGCGCUGACUACAUGCCCAUGAGCCCCACCAGCGUGUCCGCCCCGCAGCAGAUACUGCAGCCGCGGGCCGGGGCGGGCGGCGGCUACAAGACCAGCUCCCCCGGGGAGAGCUCCCCGGACGACAGCGGCUACAUGCGGAUGUGGGGCGGCUCUCGGCUGUCGGUGGAGAGCUCGGACGGGAGGCUGAGCGGCGGGGACUACAUCAACAUGUCCCCGCACGGGCCGCCCGCCGCCUCGCUCACCCCGCCCGACUUCUUCUUCGCCCCGGCUGCGGGCGCCGGCGACCCGCCCAAGGCCGCCUACGCCUGCAGCUCCCUGCCCCGCUCCUGCCCCAGCCAGGAGCCGGCCAAGGACAGCGACCAGUACGUCUUCAUGAGCUCCCCGGGCAGGCUGGUCCCGGAGCAGCCGGCCUGCGGCGUGCGCCCCGCCGCCCCCUCCAGCCACACGGUGCCUUCCCCGCUGCGGCACAGCCGGACCGAGAGCUUCCUGAGCCAGCGGGGCCCGCGGGCGGUGCGGCCCAGCCGCCUGGCCCUGGACACCCUGCGGACGCUGCUGCCCAGCAUGCACGAGCACCCGCUGCCGCCCGAGCCCCAGAGCCCCGGCGAGUACAUCAACAUCGACUUCGGGGAGCCGGCGGCUGCCGACUCGCCGCCCUCCCUGCCGGCCGACAGCCCGGCCUCCUCGCUGGGCUCGGGCGCCGGGCGGAGGCGCUCCCCCCUCUCCGACUACAUGAACAUCGACUUCGGCUCGCAGGCGGGCCCGGUCUCGGUGGGCUGCCUGGAGGCGCUCUCCCCGGAGGCCUGCGCCAGCCGCGGCCGGCCCGAGGGGCUCUACCUGCCGGCGGCGGUGGGGGUGGCUUGCCUGUCCAGCCCGCCCGACGGGGGGGAUUACACCGAGAUGACCUUCGGCAUGGCCGCCACCCCGCCCCAGCCCAUCGCCCAGAAGCCAGAAAGUGCCCGGGUCACCAGCCCCACGGCCGGGGUGAAGAGACUCACCCUGGCUGGGGUGGAGGCUUUCAUCCUCUCCAGCCCGCCCCCGGACCCCAACCGCGGGGCCAAGGUCAUCCGGGCGGAUCCCCAGGGGCGCCGGCGGCACAGCUCGGAGACUUUCUCCUCCACCACCACUGUGACCCCCGUGUCUCCUUCCUUUGCACAUAACCCCAAACGGCACAACUCGGCCUCGGUGGAGAACGUGUCCCUCAGGAAAAGCGAAGGCCUGGAGGAGGAGCAGGGCAGCAGCCCCAUGUGCCGGGAGACCUCCGCUGGCUUCCAGAACGGCCUCAACUACAUCGCCAUAGACGUGGUGGAUGGGAGCCUGGCAAACCGUGACAAAGUCAGACGCAAAGGCAGGCACGCCAUGAAUGGGGACAUCAAUGGAGUGGAGACCAGCGCCUAUGCCAGCAUAGAUUUCCUAUCCCACAACCUGAAAGAAGCAACUGCUGUGAAAGGAAGUGCAGAAAGAUGGAAGAGAUGAAAGUGGAGAAAGCUUUGAACCUAAUUGAGAGGAUUGUUGACUGAAAUGUCAGAAUUUUUACAAGAUGAACACACUGAAUGGUUUCAGAGUAGCAGCUGUGGUAGUCUGUACCCGCAAAAAGAAAAGGAGGACUUGUGGCACCUUAGAGACUAACAAAUUUAUUUGAGUAUAAGUUUUCGUUAAGGACAGAGACAGACUUGUCAGUUAUCUGUAGUUUUGCUUAAGCUGGCUUCAGGAUUUACAUGGUUUGGCAUAAAUCAGCGUGAAUGCUACAAUUAUUGAUUCCAUUGCCUUAUAUAAAGAAUGUUUGGCUGUAGCCUGUACAUUGGAGUUAUGCUCCAGUAAAAUCUUGAGCUCUCUUGUAUUUAGUUGUAAAUUGAGUUUAACAAGAUUUGAGUUUUGCUUGACCUACCUACAGCCCCCCAACUGCAUAACAAACCCAUAUUGGGGAAGCACCACUUCUACAGUAUCCUCCAAACUGCUGACCCUAAGGGAAAGGGGUGAGGGGAAGGGAACUCUGCCUAGGGGGAAAACCUGGACUGGAUUGAAAUGCUCCCAGCAUCCAGAUUGGAUUAAAGUGUGGACAUUCCAUUCAUUUAGCUAAUAAGGCACUGCAUCUCUGAUAAAGUUAACAAAAAGAUAGUAUAAAUAUAGCAAAAUGAAUUUAGAGAAUGGUGAAUGGUGGGAACAGUUUAAUUCUAGUAAUUAUAAAAUAUCUGAAGAUUAUUCAGAUACUUGUUUUAUUUUAAUAUUUUCUUUUACUUGUGGGCUUUUCCUCCCUUUUUUAUAUGCAUGUAAAUUGCAAUGAAGAUCAGCAUCACUGGGUGUUGAGCUGAAUGUAGGAGGCACAGCUGAUGACUGUUUCAGCCAUUCUGUUUCCCUGAGGUUUCCUUGUUUCCCACACGUGCAUGCCUGUUGCAUAUAAUCACACUCACUCUAUUCAGGAAGAACUGUAGCCAGUUUCAGGACAAAGAGAUAAGAAACACUUCGCAUAACUGUUGAUCAGUGUUCCAGGUCAUAUUUUAAAGUGGAGGCUGUAUGUUACAGAUAUUUUUAGUGAAUUAAUUUGAACAGAAAGAGCAGUGUGAUUAGGAAAGUGCAAGAAUAUUACCUUAGUCAGGGAAUGCAUAAGUACAGUAGUGGGCUAUUGAGCGGAGCCAUUAAUAUUUACAACUCCUGAGCUCUAUUUUGGUUUUGUUUACAUAACCACGUUGAAGUUUGUUUACAGUACUACUACCCUAUUACUACUGCUGCUACGUAAAGAUCACUGGUACUGUUCACAGUAGCAUUCGAGGUUCUAAGAACUUUAAUUUGUAAGAUUAACAGGAUUUUCAUAUUUUAUGAUGAAAUACACAUGUAGAAUUACAGAAAUAUAUGUAUUAAGCAUACUAGGUACUGGUUUAACUCUCAUUUCUUAUUUUAAGUCAGUGGCAGUUCAGAAUGAUUUGGCUAAACUUUAUUGAAGAUUUUUAAUUGAUGUUACUAUAUACAGUUUACCAUGGAGGUAGCCUGUAUUAGAUGUGAUGAGAAUUGUUUACUUUUCUGUUUGUACUAAUUGUUUACUAAAUCACUAAAGCCACUGAAUGGGAGCUAGCUUUAUCCUUUCAAAGCUAUGGAGAAAUUAACAGUUUGGAGCAAUUUUAAAACUGCAAUGUUUGCUGCUUUAGAAAGAAGUAACAUGAAGAACUCUUGUAAAAAGCCUGUAUCUUGUAAAAAAAACAAAACAAAAAACCCCAAAGUUCAUUCUAUUUGGUUUAUUCGGAAAUUAAUAUUUCAAUGUAAAAUCAUAGUCAGUUCAAAUACUUCCCCAUAUCUAUAGAUAUAUUUUAUUAUGUAAGUAAAUAUUGUGUUUGAGUUUUUGUCCCGUUAACAAAGAAAAUUAAUUAUGUGACUUUAAAAAUAAAGAUGCAUUGGUUUUCAUCAGUAACUUGCCUGGCUGCUUUAAAGACUAGUGUGGUUUUUGGAAUUUUGAACCAGUAUCAUCCUGUUACAACGAGAGCAAGCUAGCAAAACCAAAAUAGCUGAAAACAGAAAAAUAAAAAGGUCAUUCAGAAUUUAUCAGUUUAUUUAGUUCUACUUCACUCUGAAAGUGUGCAGGCCUGUGAGAGUCUAACAAGUACUUGCCUUUUUCUGAAAUAUAAAUAAAAUAGUGCCUUUACUAGACAGCUGGAAACUCUUUUGUUGCACACUGAUUAUCAGUUAGCAUUCAGCUUUCUAAGUAUGAAAUAACAACCCUUGCAAAAUAACAUUAGUUCAGACAAAAUUAUGUAUUUCCUUGCUUAUGUAAACAUUUUCACCCAGUUCCUCCUUUGGUGUAAAUUGUUUAUUACAUUGGAGCUGUGCUAAAUUACACCAACUGAAGAUCUGUCUUUUGGGUGAAACCCUGGCUCCAUUGAAAUCACUAGUAAUUUUGGCUUUAAUAGGGUUUCACCCUGGUUUUUGUCACCAAGAUUUCACCCUGUGGUUUUUGUUUUUGUUUUUAUCCUGAAAUCCUUAAGCAAAAUCCCAUUAAGUUCAGUAGUAAUUGUGCUUGAGUUUUGACUUAAUUGGAAGUUUUUUGCCUGGUUAAGGAUAUUACAAUUGGGGCCAUUAUAUUUGUUUUAUUCCAAAAGCAACAUGUUUUCUGGAACAUAUUAAAGUUUUUCCAACUAGUGAUGUUUUAGUUUUCCAAAGUGUGACAGCAGAUACAUGAGAUUGAGGUCUGUUGGCUCUCCCCCCCCCUUUUUACUUCUUCUUGAUUUAUUAAAAAAGGUCUUCAAUUCUAACCUAUGAUACAUCAGUUUUAAAUGAUCAUAAAGCAAGCUAGUGGUCUGUGAGAAUAGGUAAAAUGCUGUGUCACACACUAGCUCAUAAUUCUUGUAAGGAUUUUAUGAAUAUACUUAAACAGUACAAAAGUCCCUAUCUAGAUAAAAUUCACACCUUGUUAAAACUGAAACCCUGAUAUUUACUUUUUCCCUUUGUGCUCAGUUUGGACAAUAAAACUAGAGAAGUCAGUUUCACUUUUUGAUUCUUUUAUACUGAUUGCCACAAAGUUUGGUUCAGAAUCUGCAAGGAAAUGUUUUAAUUGCCUGUAUAAAAGUAAUCUUCUAAUCAAAAUGUCUUGUUAAUUUUAUGAAAACAUUCAAAUACAGCUUUGUACAUCUUUUUUAAAGCCUAAUUUUUUUCGUAUAAAUUAGUACUAAUUUAUACUAAAUGUCGUAUAAAUUAGUACUAAUUACAAAUGUAGCAUUUGCUCUUACUGAUCUAGUGCCAUGCAGUGGGUUAUAUACCUCAGAAUGAAUAGAUUCAAGAACUGGCCUACCUAUUAUAUCCGAUAUGGCUGUGAUUAUAAAUCACUUCACAGAUAAAAUUUAAGAGUUCCAGUUUCACCUUAGAUGCUUGUUGGAAAAUGUGGUACUGCUCUUUCAGAUUCCAUUCUAUUAGAGGUAAAAUGAAAUGAUUAGGUAUCAAAUCUGGCAGCAUAACCUAUAAAAUACAAACUGCAAACUAUACGUUUUGUAAAAUUAAAUGACAACUUUUACUUUUUUAAAAAAAAUUCAUUUUCAAUUGUUUUAAUUAUAUGGAUGUCAGAUUUUUAAAAAUGAGAGAAAACACCAAAACCCAUAAAUGUAUUUGGCUUUUAUUUCUUAUAGUUUAAAUUAUAUUUAGUUGCACUAAACUAAACAAAACAAGAUUGUCAUGGUUACUUUGAAUCAUUUAAGAUAAAUAGUUAUAGACUAAGUUGAAUGGUGGGUUUGUUCUAACGUGAACCAGUGUAGUCAUUGCUCAAGGCAGAGGAAAUGCUUAGGUUGAUGAUUGUUUCUGAUAAUUUGAUUUCUUUCAAGAUAGCUGCCGAGACUAACAUUCACUUGUGUUGUAAGUAAAAUACAUAAAGGAAUGUACGACCAGAAAGAGUAUUAGGACAUAUUUUGUAUGAAUUCCCGCCCUCCGCUAUAAGGAGGAAAUAAUGUUGGAUACUUUGUGCUGGUUUUACCAUUUUUAAAAAUAUUAUUAUAUUGAAAUACUGAA